UGUUUUUACCAGUCUCGACCUGUGCUGAUGGUCCCACGAUAGCUGGGAGAAAUCAGACCAUCUGGGCGCCCUGUGUCCGAAACCUUAUUUCUGUCUAGCUUCAUUUUAUUCUUUUCUUCCCAGGAGUUGACUGCAACAACGUAUAAAUUGUGGUUGAUUUGCAACUCCCGCUAUUCGUUUGCGCUUUAAGGGGAAGACAAUUGCCAUUGGGCAAAGCUCACAUAGUCAACACAGACCUGGGAGGCAUCUUGCGACAGACUUAUUAGCAAGAUGGCGCCAAAGAAAGAAGCCAAAUUGGGAGUUCCCAUACAGCCUGUUCCAGAGAAGCGCGGAUAUGAGUUUGGAGGACCACUUGGUGCCGCGGGAAUUGUCUUCGGCCUGCCCGUCUUGAUAUACGGCUUUACUUUCCUCUGCAACGACGUUUCUGGCUGUCCAGUUCCAUCGCUCCUACACCCCUCCACAUUGACCGUCGAGAAGCUGAAAGCCGAGGUUGGAUGGCCAGAUGAGGGACUCAAAGCUUUCUAUGACACCAAUGUCACACUUUGGGUUCUGGCGUACUAUGGCCUGAGUCUCUUUCUGCAGAUCUUCCUGCCUGGUCAGGAAGUCGAGGGCGUGGUUCUGGCCUGCGGGGGCAAGCAUAGAUACAAGUUUAACGCUUUCCCCUCCGCCGUCAUUAUUCUUUCCGGCUGCGCGGCGGGAACCUACCUGUACGGCGCCGACUUUGUUGUUUGGACUUUCUUAUGGGACAACUACGUCCAAGUGAUCACUGCGAACCUGAUUAUCAGCACUGUUGUCUCAAUCUACGUCUACAUAAGAAGCUUCUCGGUUCCCGCUCCAGGUCAGCCAAAUCCCGAAUUCCGGGAGCUAGCACCUGGAGGCCAUACAGGCAAUGUUCUCUACGACUUCUUUAUCGGCAGAGAGCUCAAUCCUCGUGUGAAGCUGCCGAUUCCUUUCGUUAGCGACACUUCGCGAACCAUCGAUUUGGGCGUCUUCUUUGAGAUGAGGCCGGGCCUGUUGGGUUGGCUCAUACUCAACCUCUCUAACGUGGCCCAUCAAUAUAAGACAUACGGCUAUAUCUCUGAUUCUAUCAUCCUCGUUACUAUUUUCCAGGGUUUCUACGUCCUGGACGCUCUUUACAUGGAACCAGCGAUUUUGACCACCAUGGACGUCAUUAUGGAUGGCUUCGGGUAUAUGCUUGCUUUUGGUGACGUUGUCUGGGUCCCAUUCAUCUACUCUUUCCAGACAAGAUAUCUUUCUGUGUUCCCCUACGAGCUUGGUAUCUAUGGAAUCGCAAUUGUUCUGGGUUGCACUGGUGUCGGAUACUUCAUUUUCCGCGGAGCCAACAGCCAGAAGAACCGCUUCCGUCAAAACCCCGACGAUCCUAGGGUCAAGCAUCUGACAUAUAUGGAGACUGCGACCGGUUCUAAGCUGAUCACAUCGGGUUGGUGGGGCUGCGCGCGUCACAUCAACUACUUCGGAGACUGGAUCAUGUCUUGGGGUCAGUGCCUCCCCACGGGAAUUGCAGGCUAUAUCAUCAUCCAGUCGAUCGACCCCAGUACCGGCGAAUUACAGAAGCAGGCGGUGCAGACCCCUGAGGUUCGUGGCUGGGGUAUGAUUUUCACCUAUUUCUACCUUGUUUACUUUGGCACCCUCCUCAUACACCGUGAGGGGCGCGACGAGGAAAAGUGCAAGAAGAAGUACGGCGCCGACUGGGACAAAUAUACGUCCUUGGUGCGCAGCCGGAUCAUCCCCGGGAUCUACUAAAAUGCCUUAUUUCAACUGCCUUCAGAGCACCGCUUGAUGGUUUCUACAUGGACAAAAAAGUAUGGGGUCAUCGUGUUUGUGAUGUACACUUGGUAUUGCUGGC